AUGUCCGGUCUCAAGAACUCGCCCUUUGGCAAACGCCUUCGUGCCUCACACCAGGACGCAGAAGAUGACAGCUCACGAAAACAUCGACCACGCCCGAAUCAGAUAUUUGCGUUGACUCUGGGGUCGACACCAUCCUUGGAUUCGCGUCCAACUACAAGCGAUAGUGGCGAGCCAGAGUCGCCAGUCGAGUCCCGCACACCCAGAGAUUAUGGCGACCGCUUUGUCCCUUCAAGAGACGCGGGAGACAUGCGGACAUCGUACCAUCUUAUGGAUGACUCCACCCCGUCAACACCCUCGAAGAACAGGAUCAUCCCCACCGAAUCCGACGCGUUGAAAGAACAAGCAAAUGCCAUUUUUACAUCUAUCCUGCAUACCGAGGUCACUCCGCCGUCUCCACAGAGAUCUGCAUCUCCCACGCGACCAGCAACUAACACGCCGCUACCAUCGACCCCAACACGACGUCGACUUUUUAAUUAUAAUUCACCAUCGCGUUCAAAUCCCGCGACACCUACGCGUCGACUGGAUGCUCCCACAGAUGAGGCAUAUUCUAUGAGUCCGGUACGUGCAGAAAGCAGACAGCUUUUGGAAAGUCCGCGACGGCAGCUUCGGAAUGUCUGCAAGACGCCAUAUCGAGUUUUAGAUGCGCCGGAGCUCGCGGAUGACUUCUAUCUCAAUCUAGUGGAUUGGUCGAGCACAAACGUUCUUGGAGUUGGGCUGGGCUCCUGCGUGUAUCUCUGGACAGCACAUACGGCACAAGUUUCGAAGCUUUGCGACCUUUCUAGCUCCAAUGAUACGAUCAGUUCAGUAUCGUGGGUUCAGAAGGGUACCACACUGGCUGUGGGCACACUUGCUGGCCGUCUACGAAUCUACGACGCCAACACGCUCCAGCUGCAGCGGACGUACCAGCAGGCACACACACAACGAAUAGGUGCUCUGUCGUGGAACUCGCACAUCCUUAGCUCAGGCUCGCGCGACCGGCUGAUAAAUCACCGGGAUGUACGAGAACCGGGUUUUAAACCAUUCAAACGAUUUCAGGGCCACAGACAAGAAGUAUGCGGGUUACGAUGGAAUGGCGAUAGUGGGCCACAGGCGGCAUUGUUGGCCAGUGGGGGCAACGACAAUAAGGUGUGCAUAUGGGAUCUCCGGGGCUCAAAGCGCCCUCAGCCGAAUAGUACAGGUGGAAGAAGUGGCAGCGCCGGCACAAGUGCAAGUAGUGCAGGCGAGGACCCCGGUGAGAUACCUCUCUGGAAAUUUCACGAGCACACAGCGGCUGUGAAGGCGCUUGCAUGGGACCCACAUGUCGCGGGAAUUUUAGCGACCGGUGGGGGGACAGCGGACAAGCAUAUUCGGUUUUGGAACACGUUCAAUGGGAGUAUGCUCAACGAACUGGAUACUGGCAGCCAGGUCUGCAAUCUGACGUGGUCACUCACCUCGCACGAGCUUGUGUCCAGUCAUGGCUUCUCCUCUACCACAGCACAAAACCAAAUAUGUAUCUGGAAAUAUCCAUCACUGGAUAUGGUAGCGUCGCUGACGGGUCACACGCAUCGGGUUCUAUAUCUCGCUAUGAGUCCCGAGGGCGAGACCAUUGUUACCGGUGCUGGCGAUGAGACACUGAGAUUCUGGAAUGCGUUCCCCAAGAAGGAGAACCACGAAGCGAAACGAGAGAGCCGACUAGAUUAUGGCCGGCUCAUAAGAUGA